AUGGAUAAUGAUAUAUUAAGAGAUUACGAAUGUGGGUUAGAGACGAAUAUUCCCUGGAAAAUUCCACAUUAUGGUGAACAUAACAUAAUAACAAACAAAAGAAAUAAAGAUAGUCUAAUAUGGAAUGCAGAAUAUAGAACAAAUAACUAUAACCAUACAAUAAUUCGAAGGCCAAACGUAAACGUAAAUGCAAAUACAAAUGCAAAUGCAAACGCAAGUAUUAUGGGUUCCUAUGUUAUAAAAAAGAAAAACAGACGAAAAAGUAUUAAUAAUUUGCAUUACCCAUAUAUUAAAUUUGUUAAUUAUAUAUUAGAAAAUAAUGGCAAUAAUAUUAAUAAUAAUAAUAAACCUCAUAAUAACCAUACUAAUGGAAAAGGCAAUCAUUAUAACAAUGAUUCAAUUAUAUGUAAUGAAAACGAUGCUAAUUUAGACUUUAAUAAAAUGUUAAAAAGCAACCAAAAUUUUACAAUGAAUACAAAAGAGAUAAAAAACAGCCUCUCCAUAUCAACAAAAGACGAAUCAGGAUAUAUAUGGCAAAAUCAACCCACUAAAAUGUAUAAAUUAGAUAAUAUAAAAAAAUACAAAAGAGAUCAAUCUUCGAUAGCUUAUUAUGAUUUUAAUACGGACAAUAGUGAUAAUUGUACUAACAAUAACAAUAAUAACAGUAAUAGAACAAUGGCUAAUAAUAACCUUUUAUUCCCUAUUUUAUAUGAUCGAUAUGAAUAUAGGGAAAACGGCAAAGAUAAAAACAAUACUGUUGACUCAGAACAAGAAGAGACAGGAUUAGAUUUGGAACAAUUGCUAUCAUGUGAUACAGUGGAUAGUUUAUUAUCUCCUGAUUGCAGUUAUAAUUAUAAAUAUAAUAACUAUAGUUAUAGUAGCAAUGGUGAUUUGUCAUAUAUGUCAAAUUUAUUAUCACCGAUUAAAGAUAACAACAACCUUAAUAAUAACAGUAAUAACAGCAACAAUAAUAAUCUUUAUGAUAAUGGUAAUAAUAAUAAUAAUAAUAAUAAUAAUAAUAAUAAUGACAACAAUUUAUUAGAAUCAAAUAAUUAUAGAAAUAUAAAUAUUAUUAAUAAAGAAAUAUCUGCGGCAGUAGAUAUUACGGACUUAUUAAGGGAUACAGAAUAUUUUUAG